AUGGAACCUAACACAAGCUCGUGGGCGGAGGCACAACGUUGGCUCACCAUCGCCGAGAAACUCCUGAUCUCCGGUGAUCUUAUCGGAAGCAAAACAUUCGCGAUCCGGGUCAAAGAGUCCGACCCGAAUUUCGAGACGGCUUACCAAAUCCUAGCAGUGGCGGACACAUUACUUGCCGGCGAUAAGAGAAUCAACGGCCAACGGGACUGGUACGCGAUUCUCCAACUUGUCGGACCGACCCAUGACUUGGAACUCAUCUCGACUCAGUACCGCCGACUCGCUCUUCUUCUCCAUCCAGAAAGGAACAAGCUUGCCUUUGCUGAACAAGCCUUCAGGCUCGUCAUCGAUGCUUGGUCAGUUUUAUCGAACCCUUCGAAAAAGUUCUUAUAUGAUAACGAGCUCAAUCUCUCUUUAAAUCUCACUCCAAACCCAGUUCUAUUUCCAAACCCCCCAAACCCAGUUGGGUCUGGGUCUGUGUCUGGGUCGAGUCGAGAGCAAGAAAGUCAAAAUCAUCAGCCACCACAGCAAGAGCAAUUGAAACAAAACCCUUUGAAUAGCAGUUAUAAUUAUGAUAGUGGUGGAAAGGGUAAUGAGAAGAGUGUAAGAGAGGAGGUUUCGCGAUCAGUGCAUGUUGAACCUGAUCAAAGUUCGAAUUUUUGGACUGCUUGUCCGUAUUGUUAUCAUAUGUAUGAAUAUCCUAAGAUUUAUGCAGAGUGUACACUUCGGUGUCAAAACUGUAAAAGGGCGUUUCAGGCGGUGGUAAUUUCGUCGCCACCGCCGAUUGUUGAUGGGAAAGAAGCUUAUUUUUGUUCUUGGGGGUUUUUCCCAUUGGGGGUUUCGGCGUUGAAUUUGGAUAAAAAUAAGGGGCUUUCAGGUUGGACACCUUUUUCGCCUAUGUUUACCUGUCCUCAGAUGGUAGAGAAAAAUGGGGGCACAGAAAAUUUGAAGAAGAACAAUGCUCCUAGGAUUUAUUUUGAUGAUGAUGAUGUUUUUGUGCAAGUGACAGAUUCGAGUGAAGAUUCUGAUGAUGAUUGGGGUCGCAUUAAACAGAAGAGGAAAGGGAAGAAUGUGAAGGAGAAGGGUACACCAGGUAGAAAGGUUAAGAAACCGCAAGCAGAUAAAGGAAAGAAUGUUAAAGGAGGUAGUGGUGAGAAUUUGCGAGGUGGGUUUGUAAUGCAAGAGGGUGUGCCAGGGAGUAAUGUUGUGACGGCUGAGUCAAGUAAGAAAGCGACAGUGAGUAGCACAAGAAAGCCACCUGCAAAAGUUGCUAAGGAUUUGGGGAAGUUGGAUUUGAAUCUAGAGUUUAGUAAUGAGAUUGAAGAGCCUGCACUAGUAAUGCGUGGAGGACAUGGAGCAGGAAAUGGGGAGGAUGAUAACAUCGGAAUUGGCUUUUUUGAGGGCCUUGAUGAAUUCCUGAGUGGUUUGCCGAUACUCUCUGGUGUGGGUGAUGAUAAGGUUAAGGCUUCUUAG